UUCACCAAUCAAAACACAGCUCAGGUUUUUAAACGUGCAAAGCGGUCUAUUUUGCGUCAAUGUAGCGAAGAGGUUCACACCCUAUACAUCCUAGAGUCACUCACUAGCAAGUCGUUUUGAGUUUAUUAUCAUUUAUCGAAGAUGUAUUAGUUUGCCUGGUGUUUGUAUGAUUGGUGUGUGACUAUUAAAAAGGAAGAUGACAGAAGAGUCGGCAGUUAAAGUGUGUGUUCGAGUCCGCCCGCUUAUUGAAAGGGAGGAAAAAGCUGCAUCAGAGAAUGCAGAGCCGGUCCAGCUGUUUUGGAAAACUGAUAAGAAAUCAAUUUAUCAGAUUGAUAAUGGGAAUUCAACUAAGAGCUUUGGUUUUGACAGAGUGUUCACUUCAGAUGAAACAACCAAUCAGCUGUACCAGGAAAUUGCAAAGCCUCUAGUCGUUUCAUCUGUUGAGGGAUACAAUGGAACCAUAUUUGCUUACGGACAGACUUCUUCUGGAAAGACAUUUACCAUGAUGGGGAGUUCCCGUAGUCCCGGAGUGAUACCUCUGGCCGUGGAGGAAGUCUUCCAAAGCAUUAAAAAGUUUCCAAAUAAGGAGUUCCUUCUUAGGGUUUCUUACAUGGAGAUCUACAACGAAACGGUUAGCGAUCUUCUCGUCGACAGCAGUAAGAGAAAACCCCUGGAAGUCAGAGAGACAAUCAGUAAAAACAUCUUUGUGUCUGACUUGACUGAGGAAAUGGUAACUUCUUCUGCGCAAGCCCUGGCCUGGAUUCGGAAAGGAGAAAAGAACCGUCACUAUGAAAAGACAAGCAUGAACCAGCGGAGUAGCCGCUCACACGCUAUUUUCCGAAUGAUCCUGGAAAGCCGAGAAAGGAGCGACCCAGCAUCAGGGGAAAAUGCUGAAGGAGCCAUCCUUGUGUCUAAUUUGAAUCUAGUGGAUCUAGCUGGUUCUGAGAGAGCAAGUCAAACAGGAGCUGAAGGCGCACGUUUCAAAGAAGGUUGCAAUAUUAACCGCAGCCUGUUCGUACUCGGCCAAGUGAUCAAGAAACUGACUGAUGAAAGCCAAAAGGGGUUCACCAACUACAGAGACAGUAAGCUAACCCGCAUUCUGCAGAACUCCUUGGGUGGGAACGCUAAAACAGUCAUCAUCUGCACCAUCACUCCUGCUACUCUAGACGAGACCCUCAGCACUCUCCAGUUUGCCAGCACUGCAAAAAAAAUGAAAAACGACCCUUAUGUGACGGAGGUGUCUGAUGACGGCGCUCUGCUCAAACGGUAUCGCAACGAAAUUGUAGACCUCAAGCGACGACUUCACGAGGUUUCUUCUGGCACGCAGACUACAGCGACGGAGAAGAAGGUUCUCUCCCAGAUGCUCCAAGAAAAGGAUCAGCUCCAGAGAGAACAAGAGGACCGGAUCAGAAACCUGACCAAACUGCUGGUCACAAGCUCAAACCUGGUCCCUGUUCAAAAGAUGCCAAAACGCAGGGUAACGUGGGGAGGAAAGAUGAUCAGACUUGGCCGUCCAUCUGCAUGUGAUGGUGGUUCAUCUGAUCUGAGUUUUGUUGAAUCUUUCAAUCGCAAGAGGAAGGCAGACCGCUCCUGUCUGACUGAGAUUGGUGAAGAUGAUGAUGACUUUCAAUGGGAGAUUCCUGAUGAGCCUUCCUAUGACAUGGAGAUCAGUGAGAAUUCUGUGUCUGUUCGAAGGUCUGAUGAAAGUUGUUAUGACAGUCCCAAAGACUUUGUGUCUCCAGACCGUAUGCGUGAGCUUUCAGGGAAAGUGUCUGCCCUGGAGCUGCAGCUAGAAAUGGAGAAUCAACAGAAAGAGGAUGCUUUGACAAAGGUAGAAUCAUUACAAAACAGAUUGGCAGAGCUGGAGCUGCAUCUGCAAACAGAGGCCCUGCAGAAACAGGAGGCCCUGGAGAAAAUGCAGACAACAGAGCAGAAUGUGGCUGAACUGGAGCUGCAGAUGCAGCUGCAAACGGAGGCCCUGCAGAAACAGGAUGCCCUGGAGAAAAUACAGACAUCUGAUCAGAGGGUUGCCGAACUGGAGUUGCAGCUGCAGCUACAAACGGAGGUCCUGGAGAAUUCCCAGACAUCAGAUCAGAGGCUGGUCCAACUGGAGCUGCAGCUGCAGACAGAGGCCCAGCAGAAACUGGAGGCCAUGGAAAAGGUGGAAAUGUUGGACUUACGAGUGGCAGACCUGGAGAAGCAGCUAGAAGAACAGAGCCACACUCUGAAUAAUACUGACCUGAAACAGAUGAGAAAAGACUUUGCAGAAACAGUCCAGCUGUGUGAAGCUCUGUCUACAGAGAAGGACAUGAUUGUUGCUGAGCGAGACUAUCUGAAACAGGAGAUCAGCAUGUUCAUAGAGCAGACUCAAAGUCUGGAGAAAGAGAAUGCUGCUCUGACACAGGAGAUGACGACAAAGAGAGACUUGGACGAAUUCAAAUCUCUGGAGGAGGAAUUCAGGAAAGAGCAUGAGAAUGAGUUGCAAAAUGAAGUAUCUCAGUUGAAGAAGACCGUCGAAUCCUCUCAACUGCAAUGCCUGGAGCUUCAGAACAAACUAGAAACUUUGUGUGAGGAGCUGAAGAAGAAAACCGAAUUUGCAGAAGAACUUCAGAGUAUGAGUGGUAAGGACUUGGUGCAGGAGGUGGCAAAGCUUCGUCGCUCUUUGGACGACGCCGAGGGGCUCAGCAGAGACACAAAGAAGGAAUGGGCUAUGCUGCGCAGUCAAAACAUCGCUACAGAGGAGAUGAAUAUGACUCUGAAUGCCAACUAUGACAAGAUGGAGGCUGAGGUGAAAAGCCUGCGCUUUCAACUUGAGACAGAGAAGUCGCACUACAGAAAGAUUCAGAGCGAUCUCCAAAAAGAGCUGAAUGUGGCUUUUGCCGAGAACACCAAGCUCACCACUCUGCUAGAUGGAAAUGUCCCAAAAAAUCUUAUAGACAGCAUUGAACUUGAGAGAACAGUGGCGAACCUGAAUAGAGAGCUGACCGCAUCUCAGGAAGCGGAGGGGACCCUCAGAGCUCAGCUGGAGGAACUAGCUUCAUUGCAGCCUCUUCCAGAAAAGGUGGAGAAUUUGACAAAGCAGCUGAAUCAGCUGACGGAAGAGCUGCAGUGUGUGAGAGCUGAGAAAGAGGCUCUCCUGUCUGAGAAGGACGCUGGUGCCCAGAGUUCUGCAGAGGAGAUGGAAAAGCUGCUCUCUGCAGUUACUUCACUCACUGCAGAGAGAGACCAGCUCAUCAGGGACUGUCAAAAUGUGGAGAUGGCUGCAGAGACACAAGUUCUUCUACAUUCACUCCAAGAAGAACUCCAAGAGCAGAGGCAUAAAAACUCAGAUCUGGUGAAACUCUGUGAGCAGAAGGAGGCUGAUUUAGGGAAACAUAUGCUGAGUCUGUCACAGGACCUUCAGAGUGUGCGAGCUGAGAAAGAAGCUCUCCUGUCUGAGCAGAAUGCUCGUGCUCAGCGCUCUGCAGAGGAGAUGGAGAAGCUGCUCUCUACACUUGCAUCUCUCACUGCAGAGAGAGACCAGCUCCAGAUGGACAUGCGGGAAAAUGUGGAGAUAAUGAUUGAGAAUCAGGAGGAACUGAGGGCAGCCAUGGAGAAGAAUCGUCAACAGAAGGAGAGGAUCAAACAGCUUGAGACUGCCCAAACAUCCAAACAGGAUGAUCCUCCCAAUGAAACGAGUGCACAGAUAGACGAGCUGCAAACACGUAUGAUGCAGAACCAGGAGGAGCUGAGGGUGUCUCAGGAGAAGAUCAGACAGCUACAAGAUGAGAUCAGCGUGCUGACGAGUCAAAAGACAGAGCUGGAGGGCAGACAAAGCAAUGGGAGUGAUGCAGAGAUUACCCUUCAGUUGCAAGAGCUCCAAAAUCAGAUUCAGAGGCUGACUGAGGAGCUUGACAGUAUGCGAGCAGAGCGAGACAAUCUGCUGUCUGAGAGGUCGGCCAACACUCACAGUGAAGACACGGAGACGCUUCUGAGCAGAGUGACAUCUCUCAGUGAGGAGAGAGAUCAGCUGCAGGAGAUACUGGAGGGGGUGAGACAGGAGAAGAAUCAGCUCAAGGCAGAGCUGGAGGACAGGAUGGAAAUGGUUGUACAAGCCCAAAGUGGGUUUAGCCAGCCAGAAAUACUGACCUCAGAACUGCAACCACAUGAUGAGAAAAAGACCUGCCUUCAGCAAGAGAUGAUUGAGAACCAGGAGGAGCUCAGGGUGUCUCAGGAGAAAAUCCGACUUUUACAAGAUGAGAUCAACAGUCUGCUGUCUGAGAGGACGGCCGACACUCUGAACCACGGCCAGGAGAUGGAGCAGCUUCUGUGCAGAGUGACAUCUCUCAGUGAAGAAAGAGAUCAGCUGCAGGAGAUACUGGAGGGGCGGAGACAGGAGAAGAAUCAGCUCAGGGCAGAGCUGGAGGACAGGAUGGAAACGAUGCAAACUGAGAUUCAGAGGCUGACUGAGGAGCUUGAGAGUGCGCGAGCAGAGAGAGAGAGUCUGCUGUCUGAGAGGACGGCCGACACUCACAGUGAAGAGGUGGAGAAGCUGCAGGAGAUACUGGAGGGGCUGAGACAGGAGAAGAAUCAGCUCAGGAGAGAGCUGGAGGACAGGGAGGAAGUAUUGCAAACUGAGAUAGCGCAGCUGAAAACGUCUCUACAAUCUGUGACUGAGCAGAAGAGGCAGCUGGAAAAUGAUCUACAGCAGAAUAUGAAUAUGGCUUCCACAACACAAGAACUUCUGACGUCAGUCCAAGAGGAGCUGUGUGCCCAGAAGCAGAUAAACUCUGAUCUGGAGAAACUAUGUCAGGAGAAGGAAUGCUCUCUAGAUCAACAGAUGAGGACUCUAACUGAGAAACUGGAGAGCACUGAAGCAGAGAGAGACAGUCUGUUCUCUGAGAAGGAGGCCAACCGUCAGACCUCCACAGAGGAGAUGGAGAAGCUGCUGAGCAGAGUGAAAUCUGUCAGUGAGGAGAGAGAUCAGCUGCAGGAGAUACUGGAGGGGAUGAGACAGGAGAAUAAUCAGCUCAGAGCAGAGCUGGAGGACAGGAUGGGAACAAUGCAGACUGAGAUGAGGACUCUAACUGAGAAACUGGAGAGCAUUGAAGCAGAGAGAGACAGUCUGUUGUCUGAGAAGGAGGCCAACUGUCACACCUUCACAAAGGAGACGGAGAAGCUUCUGAGCAGAGUGAAAUCUCUCAGUGAGGAGAGGGAUCAGCUGCAGGAACUACUGGAGGGACUGAAACAGGAGAAGAAUCAGCUCAGAGCAGAGCUGGAGGACAGGAUGGAGAUGAUCUCAGCCAUCCAGGAGAAGUUGAGCGAGCAGGAACAUUUGAACUCGCAGCAGCAGGCUGAGAGAGGUGAACGAGAGACCAACCUGCAACAAAGAGUGCAGCAGCUCGAGGAGCAGCUUAAAAUACUCAGGGAGAGACAAAAUCGUGCGGUUGUUGAGGCCAACACCUCCCAGCAGUUGCUCAGUGAAGCGAAUACAACCAUCUCCGCACUCAAAGAGCAGUUGAGCAGUUUGGUUCAGAGCACCAGUGGAGUCAAGGAGACGGUGUCGUCACGACUGCAGGACUCUACUGAGCAGCUUCAGGAGUCCUUCAGAAAACUCCAGCACUUUAUAGACACUUGUUCCAAGUCUAACUUCAAAGAUCUGGAAGAAAUACUGUCUGCCGUGAAGCGGUCUUAUCUGACCUUGCUACCGAAACCCACCGAGGAAGCCUGCAGCGCUCUGUGCCAGCUGUUGCAGCAGACAGCGCGCUGUGGGAAAAACAUUAGGUUGCACCUUCAGACCCAAGCACUGGGUUACAGGAACCUGUUUGAGGAGUUGGUGAAGAAAGAUUUGGCUGUGUUUGAGGAGAGGCGUCUGCAGGAUGUGCUGCUGUGUAGAGCACAGGCACCCUGCUACUCCAUCAAAGAUGAGGACUUCCACACACUGUGGGACCACAGACUGACUGAGCUGCUGGACAAGAGGCAGCUCUACCUGCAGAAAAUGACCAGCCUUUUGGAAAAGCUCUGGGCCAACAUGACUAUUUACCCCAGUGAGCCGUCAGCUGAGCUCAGAGACGGCAAGAGGUUCAAGGAGCAGAUGCAGGCCGUGCUUACUAACCAGCCAAUCAGCUUCAGCAGGAUGGACAGCAUCCUGAGAUCUGAGCUGGACCACUUAUCUGCAGUGGCACACAACUGGAGAUUGACUCUGCAGGACAUCAUUGAUGAACAGAAUGGUCUGCAUGAAGAGCUGAAGCUGCUGAUGGAUCAGGCUGAUUCUCAACUCGGAGAGGAGAGGAGUAAGACCUCCACUCUGCUGCAGGCGCUGGAGGGAGCACCUCUGAAAACAGAGCUCUCCCUGCUGAAGGACAACCAGCAACUUGUGCUUCAGCUCCAGCAAACUGAAGAAAAAGUCAAAGCUCUGCGUGUACAAACUGAGCAGCUGGCGGAUGCUCAGAUCAAAGCCAGCAGCAGGGUGUCCAACCAUAAGCAGGCCACCCAGCUGCUGCAGACUGAGCUGCAGGACUGCCGUGCAGAAGUGGAGGAGAAAGACAAGGCGAUCCACACUCUCAGGAGCAAACUGCGAGAGUCUGAGAAAAAUGCGUCACCCAGUGCUGUUGAGCUGGAAAAGCUCCGGACUAAACUGUUCAAGAUGGAGGUGGUGUUGAAUUCAGCAUCUGAUGAACACAAAAAAGAGAUCCAGAGGAUGACAACACUGUUAAAGGAAAAGGAAGAGUCACUGAGAAAGCUCAAAGAGACCUUAAGAAGAUCACAGCAACAAGGAGAAGAGUCAAUCCUGCAGGGUGAGGACCUUUAUGCCAGACUGACCAACCCCAGAGGUGUGGUGGUCAAGACCAGCCUUCUGCAGGAGAAGACUAAACUGGAGGACGAAGUCAAAAUGCUUAACAUGAAAAUAACUGAGCUGGAAAGCUUGGUGUCCAGUCAGCAGGCUGAAAUCACUAAGUGGAAGGGCAGAGCCAUCACGCUGAAGGUGAAGAGCAAGGGUGAGGUGGACAAGCCUUCAUUACCCUGCACACCCAGCAAAAGAGGCCUGCCCAUGACCUCAGACCCUUCCAGCACCCUAAGCUCCCCCGCCAAGUUUCUGGUUACUUCUAGGAGGGUCCUGGACUCUCCCAGGAAACCGCUGGACUCUCCAAAUGUGCUUGAAUCCCCCAAAAGCAGGUUCUUUGAUACUGCUGGAGCCUCUGAUGUGUUGUCCAGAACCCGUCCCAAGCAGUUCUUUGAUAACUCCAGCCUUGGAACCGUUCCAGACAUUUUCAAUGUUCCUGACUCACCAGAUGAAAAGACUGGUGUGAGUUCAGACUGCAAGGAGGACUUGUGGCCGAGAUCUCCAAGUGGGAAAGAGGAAAUGUGUAAAACACAGUAAAA